AUCCAAGAUGGCGGAUAGCUCUGAACCCACCGAAGAGGAACUAAUAUUUUCAAUAAAAGAAGCCCUUAAGCAUGGCAAGUCAGAAUUUGAACGAAGAAUUUCGAAUGGGCAGAAAUUGAGGGAUCUAGAUAUCACAUUCAACCGGCUAAACAAGGUUGCUGAAUUAGCUGUGAAAGGAAACUUUGGAGCAAUUCGAGAGCGACCUAAAUAUAAACUUGGCGAACUGUGUCCAAUGCUACAGCGUUGCAUGAUUCGGGCGAAAUGUGCCAUUGAUCGCCGGCUAUCACCAAGGAUGAGUAAAGUGCACCCGUGGAUGGUCAUUUUUGAUCUCCCUAUGGCACAGGAGGUUUUUAACAUUUUACAUAAGGACGUUCUUGGUCUAACAAGGUAUGGUUUAGAGGUAGAAGAGAAGCCAGGUUCUGUAACAAUUACUUUUUUCAGUCUGAGAAGACUAUGUCAUUUGUUUGACAAAUUUAUGGACUGUGGUGGAUUUAUCAAGCAGCUUGGCGAAGGAAAGGGACAAGUCAAGCUCAUUGUCAGCCAAGAAAAAAAAGGAGUGAUGAUCUACAAUGCAAAAGCAGAGUGUUUGCAAGCAAAAUUUUACUAUGGCUAUUGGAAUUCGUUUGGUAUCAGCCAACACUAAAUACAGAAAUCACCAGUUUAUUUUGGAAACCGACAUUGCUUAACUGUUGUGUUAAAUGGUGUGAGCUACACAAAGAAAAGACACCAGUAAAACAAGGAAAUAGUAAAACACUAUCAAAUAGUAGUAUUCAUUCUGGAUGUUAUAAUGCCUCCACAUGAUCAUAUAAGCUUAAAUAAGGCAAACCACUACUAUAAGCGCUGAAACUUAUAAACUUAUUAUGGUUACAAGAAGUAUGUAGACAGAGAAAACUUCUCAUAUAUUAUGACAUAAAGUUACAGUUGAUAAUUUUAAAAGCAAGCAGAGGUAUAACUUUAGCCAAGAGCAGACUUAAAAGGCCUCUCAAAAUGCACAAUCAGGAUUAACUCAUGACAAUUUCAUACUUUAGGCCCUC